AAAUAUACACCCAAGAAAUACGUACAUAUAUACGCACUCAGUCUCUGUGUUUGUAUAGAUACUUAUAUACUCACACGCAGAGACUUAUCCGUCACUUUCUCACAUAAUUCUGAUCAAAACCCAGAAAGAAGAAAAACAGCACAGAAGAAGCUAUGAAUGCCUUAGCGGCAACCAACAGGAACUUCAAACUAGCAUCCAGGCUUCUGGGUUUGGAUUCAAAGCUCGAGAGAAGCUUGAUUAUUCCCUUCAGAGAAAUCAAGGUGGAAUGUACCAUACCGAAAGAUGAUGGGACUCUGGCAUCAUUUGUCGGGUUUAGAGUUCAACACGACAACGCAAGAGGUCCCAUGAAGGGUGGAAUCAGAUAUCAUCCCGAGGUGGAUCCGGAUGAAGUGAACGCCUUGGCUCAGCUGAUGACAUGGAAAACAGCGGUGGCCAAGUUACCAUACGGAGGAGCCAAAGGAGGGAUUGGCUGUGACCCUAGCCAGCUCAGCAUUUCCGAGCUCGAGCGUCUGACCCGCGUUUUCACCCAGAGGAUCCACGAUCUCAUCGGGAUCCACACCGAUGUUCCUGCUCCUGAUAUGGGCACUGGUCCUCAGACAAUGGCUUGGAUUCUUGACGAGUAUUCAAAGUUCCACGGGCACUCGCCUGCUGUUGUGACUGGGAAACCAAUCGUAAGCGAAGGAUUCGAUUUGGAUAUCGAGUUUCUUGAAAUGUGAUAUCGGUUUUGGAUUCCCUGAAGCUAGUACCUGAUUUUUCGGGCGUAUGUU